AUGAAUGAAGCUAUGUUGGAGAAAACAAGUCACGAAUGUGAUCUUGAUGUCUGGGUUUCCACUGACCCAAUAUGGAAUCAGAGCAAUGCUCGGUGCAUGCAAACAAGUUGCAUGGACACAGAUGAACCAGUACCUCUCAGCUUGCCCAAUCAGUGGUUGUGGGAUAUUAUUGAUGAGUUUAUUUACCAGUUCCAAGCAUUUAGCCAGUACAGAUCAAAGUUGUUGAAAAAGGGAGAAGAUGAAGUGGGAACUCUAAGAGCAAAUACAAAGAUUUGGAAUGUUCACAGUGUGCUCAAUGUGCUGUAUUCUUUGGUGGAGAAAUCCAAGAUUAAUCACCAGCUUGAGAGGUAUAACCAAGGGGGUGACCCAGACUCAGUGGCUGGUGAGUUUGGAAUUCAUCCACUCUACAAGAUGCUGGGUUACUUCAGUCUGAUAGGUUUGCUGAGACUGCAUUCACUGCUUGGUGAUUAUUUUCAGGCCAUCAAAGUUUUAGAGAAUGUCGAGCUAAACAAGAAGAGUCUAUACUCAAGAGUUCCAGCUUGCCAGAUCACUACCUACUACUAUGUUGGGUUUGCCUACCUCAUGAUGAAGAGGUACCAGGUAAGGAAGGUCUAG